AUGCGUAUUUCUGCUCUUUCAGUCGGAGUAGUGUUGGCCAGCCUUGUGGCGGUCGCGAAUGCUCGGUGCCCUGAAUUAUCUCCACACGCCCGCAACUCGCCGCCAUCUGGAGCUACUGUUGUGGAUCAGAGCGGCAAAUAUCCAGGAAGUUACCAGACUAUUACGGAGGCCAUAGAUAGCCUGUCGUCAACGUCCAAUGCUUCUAUCUUUAUUUUCCCUGGCCUUUUCAAAGAACGCCUUGUCGUUUCAAACAAAGGUCCACUGAUAAUACAAGGAUACACAUGUGACAUAUUGUCCUACUCCGCAAAUAAAGUCACAAUUACCCAUACCAUGUCCCAGACGACUCUUCCUACCAAUAUCAUUAAGAACCGCAACGAAGCGACCAGCACGAUGAGUCUAAAAACCCCCUCUUUUCAACUAAAUAACCUCAAUGUUGUCAAUAAUGCGGGAAACACAGGCCAGGCAUUGGCUGUUUACAUUGAAUGUGACAAGUGCUCUAUUAAUGCCUGCAGUUUACAAGGGUAUCAGGACACUGUAUGCGCCAACAAGGGUCUUAUACUCUUUGCUAAGACGCACAUCGUUGGUGCCGUCGACUUUAUUUUUGGAAAGUAUGCUGUAGCGUGGUUUGAGCUCUGUGAUAUUGAGGCUGUUGGUCCAGGCACUAUCACUGCCAACGGCCGACAAGACGCCCGCAGCCCAUCCUUGUUCGUGUUUAACAAGGGGAAAGUGUAUGGCAAUUACGGAAAAAAAGAAACUUACCUUGGUCGCCCGUGGAGUGAGUACUCCAAAGCUGUGUUUCAAUUCUGCUAUCUUGGGCCCAUCAUCAACCCGGAAGGCUGGCUAGAAUGGAACGGCGACCCUAACACUGAAAAUGUGUUCUUUAAGGAAUUCCAGAACACUGGCGUUGGUGCAGCCAGGGACAAACGAGUGAAGUUCAGCGGUGAGCUAACCGAAGCUCUCAAAAUUACUGACUACUUCACCUCCGACUUCAGAAACGAAUGGUGUGACAAGAGCUGCUUGUAA